AUGGCAUCAUCAGGAAAUCCAUUUAAAACUAAUCUAUUUGGUCAACUUAAAUCAUAUAGCAAUGCUGUUCAAGGUGUUUUUGAACAACGUAUUGCACGACCAAUACUUGCAUUUAAACGUGAUUUAAGUCGUCCAACUUCUGAAACUCGUGUUCCAACAGAUCAAGAAUUACCAACAUCAUAUCAUACGCGUCAAGGAUCGACAUCAUCAUCAUCACCACUUGAAAUAAUUGAUAUUGAUACAAGUGGUUCAAUUAAAUCAAUAUUUGAUAAAGUUAAAAAUACUCUUUCACCAUCAACAAAACGUCGAACAUCAAGUAAUAUAAUAAAUGAUGAAAUAAAAAAAAAUUCAUCAAAAGAAAAUGAUUUAUCAUUAACCAAUUCUUCGUCGAAUAAAGACUUACGAAAACAUCAUUUACAUAAUUGUAAAAGUGUUUCAUUUGCUGAUGAUAUUACUAGUGAUAGUGAUAGUGAUAGUAAUAAUCAAUAUUCAAGUGUUGAUCGAAAUAAAAUUGUACAAAAUGCUCAUACACUUGCCGAUCAAAUUUUAAUGGAAAGUAUUGAUAGAGCAACAAUGAAAAAACUAUCGAAUAUUACUGAUGAUGAUGAUGAUAAUAAUUUUGAACAAGAUUUUCGUCGAACAAUUAAACCACGGCGUAUUCGAACUGAUGAUAUUGAAGAUUUAGUUUAUCAAGAUUUAUCAGCUGAAAUUGUUGCAUAUAUAUUAAAACAUGCAUUAAGAACAUUAAAAAAAGAACAAGAACAAUCUAUAUUAUCAAUAAAAAAUGAAACGAUUACUAAUCAAACUGAAGAAAAUGAUGAUUUUAUUGAUUUAAAAUAG